ACGACAUUGCCCACCAGGUCACUCUGCUCGAGCAGCGCACCAAACAGCUUCGACGAUGAGGUACGCCAGGCGCUUGCUAACAAGCAGCGCACCCUGGCCAUGUCCAAGCUCAAGAUGAAGCAUUUUAUUGAAUCCGGCCCGCUGGCCAAGCGCCUUGAUGCGCUGGAGCAGAUCUCCCAGGUCGUCCUGCAGCUGCAGCAGACCCACUCAGGAUAUCCAGCUCAUCCAGGCGUUCGAGGCCGGCACCCGCUCAUUGCAGAGCCUCAACCAGAUCGCCGGCAAGCACGAUCCGGACGCUAUUUUCGAUCAGUGGAAGGACGAGGUCCUGAAGGCUAACGAGCUUGAAUCUGCGCUGGCCGCUAACCAGUUGGUACCCGAUGAGGGCGAGGACGUGCAGAGCGACCUGGAGGCUGAGCUCGAUGCCCUGGUGCGCGAGCAGGAGGAGGUGUCCCAGGAGGAUCUGGAGCUCAGCGCUGCCUUUGGCCGUGCAUCUAUCUCUGACGAAGCCCAAAGCUUCUCCACCCGCCAAGGGCUCCCCAGCCAAACGACCCUCGCCCGCCAUCAGUGCUGACGCCGUACCUGAGAAUGAGGAGCUCCCUAGCAGAGUGCUUCUCGCAGAGGAGUAAACCUCUCAGUCCUUACCCUAAGCGCCUUCCUUUACACAUACUGUCGUUUUUAUUGUCAUUAAAGCGGAGUGUACUAAGAGAUCGGAUGGGCGUUUCUCUUAAAGGAAGGGUGCAUUACGCUCCUCUUGCUGCAGCCGGGACAGUGAGACAC